CCGAGGAGGCGCCGCGCAUCAAGAUUUAAGAAAAGGGAUUGGUAGAGGGAGGGAGGGUCUUGCAAGUGAUGUUGUUGUUUCCUGAAUCGUGGGUACUGGGGGGCAGUCAUCAUCCUGACAACUCAGUGGUAACAUCAUUUUCAACAUACCAGAUAACUCCUCAAUGUCUCCAAUCAAUGACAUAUCAAUGAGAUAAUACAAUAUAUAUUGCUAUACAAUUAUUACUAGUGUCUUGAUCGUUUAAAAGACAUUUAAAAAGUAAUGAGAUGAAUUUUUUGUCUAGAGAUUAAAGUAAUAAAUUGCUCAAGAAAUCAUUACAAUAACAAUGAGUGUAAGAGAAGUGGUCAAUUUGUCGCGUGGUUUAGCCAAUGUGAGUGAGAUGCUGAAAGAUGCUAUCAUCUCCCAAACAUAUGCAGACGUGAUCCUUUGUUGUACAGGAGGACAAAAAUUCUCUGCUCAUCGCCUAGUGUUAUCCGCAGCUAGUCCUUACCUUGAGAGGGUCUUGUCGGCGCACGAAAAUACAACUUGCCUUUAUGAACCAAUUACUGUAAUUCUUCCUGACCUAGAGGGCAAUGAUUUGGCAGCUGUAUUGGGAUUUAUUUACACGGGAUAUACUGCAGUAUCGGGAGACAGAUUAGAGGCAUUCUCGAGUACCGCACAAUUUCUCAAUAUCAAAAUACCACCGCUUCCAAGUGAAACAAGAAAAUGGGAAAAAUAUUAUCAUGAUAUUGGAAUUAACAUGACCAUCAACAACAAGAAAUUUAAUGAAAAAGAAUAUUUUCGGGGCGGGAUUUUCUAUCGGAUGUCAUCAGGCUCGGCGGGGGAACAGUUACUAUAUGAAAAUAAUUGUUUAAAUUUGGAAAAAAAACAAAAAAAAACGACUUCAAGUCAUGGAUUGAGAGAUGAAAGGCGACCACGACUUUAUGUGGCAAAUCGCGUCUCGGCUUCACCAUGGUGUCAGAUGCUACAACCACACCAUUUGUCCCAAAGCCAACCAAUUAUUAUCCUGAAAAACAACAAUAAAACUCCAAGUGAAGAUACCAUUCAGACACAAGAUGUAGAAUCCCUACAACUUGAAAAACUAAUUAAUAAUAAGCUACCUACGGAUGAGAGCAGGAGCAGUAUUGGGCUACCAUAUUCUUCCUUGGCAUCACAUAUUCAAACAGUUGUGCCAACUGCUGAAGUGUGCCCGCCUCAAACAACCACUGCAACUUCUUCUUCCCCUGCAGCAGUGUGCCAGAAAAUUAUCAAUGCUGAUGGGCCACGAGAUGAAGAUGAUGUAUCAUUAAUGACCUUGCUGGUGGCGGGUGAGCCAGCACCGCCGGCGUCUAUGUCAUCGAAUAGAAAAAUCAACAUGCCAUCAAUUGAAUAUAGUGAUGAUUCCAACUCGGCGAGAAACCAACUGAGAUGUCAAAUUUGUGACAAGAAUUUUACAACUCGAGCAUCAUUAAAGGUUCACCCACGCCUGAUGCUGCACUCAUUGUCAGCAGGGGAGCAGGAGAAUAUUAAGCUAUUCCGCUGUAAACUCUGUGGAAAAGGAUUCUCCCAGCUACGAAAUUACAAAUAUCACACAAGUAUUCACGAGGGAACAGGAGAAUUUUCCGCCACCUGUCCCGAAUGUGGAAAGAGCUUCAAUGACCGAGGCUACUUGGGCUCACACAUGAAGAUACACAACAAUAGAAAGGAGUACAGCUGCGGUGAGUGCGGCAAGAGCUUCAAUCAGCGCGUAGCAUACAAUAUGCACGUAAAGAUCCACAGUGGCGUCAAGCCCCACCGAUGUGAUCAAUGUGGCAAAGCUUUUUCACGAAAUAUCUUGCUCAAACAACAUUUGAGAACUCACACGGGCGAGAGACCAUAUCAGUGUGACAUAUGUCAAAAAGCCUUCGCUGAUCGAUCCAACAUGAGACUUCACACAAGACUCCACUCUGGAUUGAAACCAUACCAAUGUCACAUUUGCUCAAAGGCAUUCACCAAAAAGCAUCAUUUAAAAACCCACCUCAACUAUCACGCUGGCAUUAAACCCUACUCUUGUCCCAACUGUUCACUGGCCUUUUCCCAGAGCAGCAACAUGAGAACCCACUUCAAGAGAUGUUCAAUUAAUAAUAAAUAAUAAAUUGACAUUAACUUCACUUUAUUCAGAUCUUGUGCUUGAACCCUCCAGCAAUGGACUACACAAUCACUGAAUACCGGCCAUAAGGUGACAUUCUCACAUUUUAAUGUUUUUACGGUAUAUUAUAUUGACUAUAAAAUCUAUAAGUAAGAGGGUUUUUAUGAUAUUUCUUAAAUGAUCUAAUAAAGGCUCUCAUUAUUUAUCAACUUU